AUGUACGCAGCAGCGCUGGCCGUCAUCGCAGCCGCCUCCCUGUCCUCGGUAGCGGCGGCGCAAAAGUACGCCCCGGGGAAAAGAAACCUCUGCACCAAGUUCGACAGGUUCACAAUAGAUCCGCCAACAAUACUAUGGAUGGGCAAUCUGUGCAACAGGAAUACUUGGCCCGACAAGAUGACUGUCGGGAACGUGCAAGUCUCCCCGGCGAUAUGCUGCACCGACGUAGACGCAUAUGCCAACCACUUUUGGGUCAUACAGGGCAGCACUGCUGUUUGUCGCUACAAAGACGAAUGGGGCAGUAGCACCGGCAUCGUGCAUUACAUUACGAAAAUCCAAGGCACUACCAACCUGUACGACGUCACUGUCGGGCAGCAAGGGCUGCCUCUAGGGGUAGACCCAUCAAAAACCCCUGGGCGGUACAAGUGCGAGGCAGUGUGA